AUGCCAUCACUCGGUCACGUUCCAGAAGCCAGGCCACGACCGUCAAAUGAUCCCGACGUGAGAGCUAGCAAGACUCUCGCUUACAUCCUUCGUCAUGGAGCCCAGAAGGAACAACUUCAUAUUCGGUCUGAUGGCUUCGUUCGACUCUGCGACGUUCUAGCCCGUCCCAAAAUGCGCGAGAUAGACCUCGACAUGGUCCUCCGUAUCGUCGCUGAAAAUGCCAAACAGCGUUUUGAACUUUUGUGGGGAUACGAUCCUUCUCCUCCCAUCAAGAAGAGACCAAAGCCACCCAAGAAGUCCAGACCCCCGCCAGGUAUCUCGAAGAUAAUACCCGUUCGUGUCGACCAUGAACGGCCUCUCGUUUCAACGAGUUUGGACGUCGGAAAAGGAGUAAACGCCAGUAAUCGAGUAGACGCUUCAGAAGUGGACAAUGUGGGAAAGGAUCCACAAAAGACAAGAAUCACCUCGGACAUAUCUGAGCCCACAGAAUUACCUCUGAUCCGACUUCCUCCUCCUCAGACCAAAGACAAUACCGAAGGAAAAACCGAAGAGGAUGACGGUCAGACAAAAGGUGAAUGGUUCAUCAGAGCUACCCAAGGUCAUUCCAUUCAUCUGGAAACCACGGCACUUCUUACUCCUGUCAUGGACGAUGAGGAGGGAAGGAGGAUAGUAGGAGAGAUGGUACAUGGUACAAAGUGGGAGUUAUGGGAGGUGAUCAAGGAUCAAGGUCUUAAACGCAUGUCUCGUCAACACAUCCAUCUAGCUCCAGCUUUGACAGAUCAUCGUAUCACUCCCCGACCCAAUUCAACGCUGCUCAUCUAUCUCGAUCUCGGCGAAAUCCUUGCGGCGGGCAUACCAGUUUACGUCAGUUCGAACGGUGUCAUACUUACACCUGGCAAUGAGGACGGGGUGAUCCGGAAAGAGAUGUGGAGGAAAGCAGAGAGGGUGGAGAAGGAAGAGAGGGUCGUAGUGUGGGAGAACGGUAAAGAAUUCUUCAUUGUCGAGAGAACGUUCUCAUUCUUUUCGACACUUACUUCAUCGUCAUGGAUCAGUUGCAAAGGUUUCAACAACUAG